AUGUUCCAAGAUGAACAUUUUAAAGAGUUUAUGAAUUACAUCUUAGAUCAAGGAAAGGUUGAUUUGAACGAGAUAUAUCUCAAGAGUGUGAAGGACAAAUCAUUCUUAAGUAACGAUGUAAUUACUAAAUUAUAUAACUCUAAUUUUAUUGGCUACGGAUUCUUUGAGAGAUAUCAACAAGAUUUAUUACAAAACUAUCAAAUUAUUAAAGCGAAUGAACUUACUGAUAAUUUUAAACAAUUAUCUACACCUGAAACUUUUAAUGAAAUGGUUGAGAAACUUAAAGAGUUAACUAAUAUCACAACCAAAAAAGAGGAUGGCACUCAACGAUAUGCUAAACAAUUAGUUGAGGAUUUAUAUAGUGAUGAACCUGUGCAAAGAGUAAAAACCAAAUAUAAACUCAUGGACUAUAAAAUCGGUGGUUUUGAGCCAAGUCAAUUGAUAGUAAUUGCUGCUCGUCCAAGUGUCGGUAAGACUGGAUUUGCAUUAAAUAUGAUGUGGAACAUUGCAAAACAAGGCCACCAAACAUCAUUCUUUAGUAUUGAAACAACUGGAAAAAACAUCUUACAAAGAUUGCUAUCUACUAUCACUGGUAUCGAGUUAAACCGUAUUAAAAAUGUUCAAGACCUGACGCCAAAUGAAUUAACUGAUUUAACAGGUGCUAUAGAUCAAAUACUUAAAUUAGGUAUAAACAUUAAUGACGAUAGCACAACAACACCACAAGACAUUAGAGCACAAGCGAUGAAGCAUAGUGACAAACCACAAGUUAUAUUUAUUGAUUACCUUCAAUUAAUGGAAACAGAUACUAAUGUUGAUAGACGCGUUGCAGUUGAAAAGAUAUCACGCGACUUGAAAAUCAUAGCAAAUGAAACAGGAGCAAUUAUAGUAGUUCUUUCUCAAUUGAAUCGUGGAGUUGAAUCAAGAAACGAUAAACGUCCGAUGUUAUCAGACAUGAAAGAGUCAGGUGGAAUUGAAGCAGACGCAAGUAUGGCGAUGAUGUUGUAUAGAGAUGAUUACUACGAACAAGAUGAAGCAGAUGAAUCUGGUAAAUCUAUCGUUGAAUGUAAUAUAGCCAAGAACAAAGAUGGUGAAACUGGUGUUAUUGAAUUUGAAUUUUACAAGAAAACACAGAGGUUUUUCACAUGA